AUGUGCAACAGCUACCUGUCUACGAAGCACUGAGUCCGAAGAGAUAAAAACCUCGGAGGUACCGAGAACUACCGAUGGAUCUUUUUCUGUGUUUAUACCUAUUACUUAUUUUUGUUUCAACAUUCGUGUUGGCCUAAAUCUUUAGUCCAAAAGUUAACUGUAUUCUAUUCUAACCUAACAAAAUACCGACAUACGAAAAAUGCGUGCCGCGACCAUAUGAUAGAAACAGUAAUCGAAACUAAGAAACUUGGAUCAUCGUUAUAUAGUAGUUUUACAAUAAGGAAGCCACUGAGGAGAAACGUUUGAUCUAAGUAAUACAAUAUAUAUCAGACAUAAGCCAGUGAUGUCUGUCCCUUCUUCGUCGUCUAAUAAAAUAACUGAUAAUAAAACAGGUGGUACAAGUCCAAGUCCUAUAGAGGGCAUUGAAGGUGUUCCAGGACCUAGUUCUUUAGAACCUAUGCAUUCUCUGUUAGCACAAGAUGAAGAAUCAGAAGAUUAUGGGGAAGAUGGUGAAGAGGAAGAGGAGGAUGACACUAGUGAAGAAGAAAGUGAAAUCAGUGAUACUGGAAUAUUUUGUGAUGCAGAAUGUGAACCUGAUCUUGAAAGUAACAACUGUUCGCUGUCAUCAUCACAGCCACAGUCACUUACACAACGAGUACACAGCCCCAUUUUACAUACUUGUGUACCUUUGGAUGUUGUUCAACCACAAAGGAAACGUAAAAGUGAUACUGAAUCGAGUUUACCUUGUAAAAAGCUUAACCCAGAGGAUAAAUCCCAUUCGAUGAUUGUUAAGAAGUUGGAUGAUAAAAAUAAACAUAUGAGAUGUGUUAUCCCAACAAAAGAUAAUCCUCCACCAGAAAUGAGUAAUUGGCUUCUUCAGUUUCAGAGAUGGUCAAAUGCAGAAAGAAUGUUAGCUAUAGAUGAAUUAAUUGAACGGUGUGAACCAACCCAAGUACGACAUAUGAUGCAGGUUAUUGAACCUCAAUUUCAAAGAGACUUUAUAUCAUUGUUGCCAAAAGAAUUGGCUUUGUCGGUGUUAGCUUUCCUAGAACCCAGGGAUCUUUUACGAGCCGCGCAAACAUGCCGUAAUUGGCGAUUUCUCGCUGACGAUAAUUUGUUGUGGAAAGAGAAAUGCAGAGCAGCUGGUAUAGAAGAUUUAAAAGACUUGCCUCCAAUCAAACGUAAGAAUUGUAGAAAUUCCAAUAAUUGUUCGUCCCCAUGGAAACAAGCGUACAUGAGACAACACAACAUAAAGAUGAAUUGGAGGACGAAACCGAUUCGUACGCCCAAAGUUCUAAAAGGACAUGAUGAUCAUGUUAUUACGUGUCUUCAGUUUUCUGGUAAUCGGAUAGUAAGCGGCUCCGAUGACAAUACUCUUAAAGUAUGGUCUGCCGUUACAGGCAAAUGUUUAAGAACAUUAGUUGGACAUACUGGUGGUGUAUGGUCCUCACAAAUGUCUGGUACUACAGUAAUUAGUGGUAGUACAGAUCGUACUUUGAAAGUAUGGAAUGCUGAAACUGGUCAGUGUAUUCAUACUUUAUAUGGACAUACAUCAACAGUGAGGUGUAUGCAUCUACAUGGUAAUAAAGUAGUCAGUGGUAGUAGAGAUGCAACUUUAAGGGUAUGGCAAGUGGAUACUGGCGAAUGUUUACAUGUACUUGUGGGCCAUUUGGCAGCUGUUAGAUGUGUGCAAUAUGAUGGAAAAUUAGUGGUCAGUGGUGCUUACGAUUAUAUGGUUAAGGUUUGGAAUCCGGAACGCGAGGAGUGCCUUCAUACUUUACAAGGACAUACAAAUCGUGUUUAUUCUCUCCAAUUUGAUGGUGUACAUGUUGUUAGCGGCUCUCUGGAUACAAGUAUAAGAGUAUGGGAGGUCGAAACUGGUGCAUGUAGACAUACAUUAAUGGGACAUCAGUCUCUUACAUCAGGAAUGGAACUACGUAAUAAUAUCUUAGUAUCUGGAAAUGCAGAUUCAACUGUUAAAGUAUGGGAUAUUGUUAGUGGUCACUGCCUUCAAACUUUAUCUGGUCCAAAUAAGCAUCAGUCUGCUGUCACCUGCCUUCAAUUUAACAGUCAUUUUGUAAUUACUUCAUCCGAUGAUGGUACAGUUAAACUGUGGGAUGUUAAAACUGGUGAUUUUAUAAGAAACUUGGUUGCUCUCGAAAGCGGCGGAAGUGGUGGUGUUGUGUGGAGAAUACGUGCAAGUGAUACAAAACUGGUGUGUGCAGUGGGUAGUCGUAACGGCACAGAAGAGACCAAACUGCUUGUUCUCGACUUUGAUGUAGAGGUAAAAUAGUGCACUUUUCUGUGGACAAAACUGCCCUCUCCUAUGACCUCUGUACAUACUCUGAUUAGGUAGCGUAACCAAUCUAUUGUACAAUGAUUCAUGUAUUACGUGGUGUGAUUGUGAUAAGAAUGUAUGUCGAAAAUUUUACGAGAGAUCGCAAAAAGUUAGACGGUGAAUCGGUAGUUAUUACAAAUGAUCUCCAAAGUGGUAGACCAUUUAAACUGAAGGCAUUAAUUAUAUUAAUUAUGGAGUGUAAUCGUGGUGUACAAAUAUGAGAUUUCAAAGACUCAACAAAUUAUGGAGAACGAGGAGCUUAUAAGUGUAUUACUGUAUUACUGCUGUUAUAAAAUUUAAAAGAAAUCGCUAGUAAUUUAAAUGAAAGAUAGCCCACCAUGAACAUUA